UUUUUAUACAAUCUUUUGGCGGGCAAUGUGAAAUUUGAUUGUUUUGCUUCGAAUUUCUAAAAAUAUGGUGCUGUUUUGGUUUUCCUUUUGCUCGUUUUCACGUUAAAGUGACUCGAUGGAUUUGAUACGAAGUGGAGAAAUUUUCAACAUCAAGGCCUUGCAGUCACCGCGGCCAAGACAGACUUCUAUUGCCACUGAUAUCUCCUCCUCCGAUAAGCUCAACACAUCUUUGUCUUCCUCCGCUGGAUUCAAAAGCGAUGCUCGCUUUCAAGAGCUAUAUCUCGCAAGCCCAAGAGCACAGGAGUUAGUUGCAUCAAUGGAUCACACUAGCUCAAGGUUAUCUGAAUCAUCAAUGCGAUCAUACAAGAAGACAACUCCAACAAAACAGGAUCCAAGAAGUGCACCACCAUCUUUAAAGAACACUGGACUUGUUGUCAACAUGGUUGAUUUCUUUAAAAGUUCUAAUCCAACUGUCAGCAGUAACAACAAUAAUAACAACAACAAUGAUACAUUCAGUGAAUGUUCUUUUAGCCCAUACAAGGCAAAUAAUGAGAGAGAUGUCUUGAAAAUGCAAGUGAGUGAUAUGAUUGAUAGGCUAGCUACAACUGUAGGCUCUCCUCCCCGUAAUCAUCAUGACAUGUUAUCAAACAGAGGUCCAUUAGAGAGUGCAGAUUCAGGUUUUAAUGAGUUACCAAGCGAUUCACAAAGGAACUCAAUAGCUGAUGCCCCAAAACAUGCACCUUAUGCCAGGCUUACUGAGAAUAGUGAUUACUGCAAAGACAGUGAUGAUGAUUUGGGAGAUAAAGAUUCUGAUGUUGAUGUGGAGGACCAUAAUAGUGAAGAUAACAAUGGCAAUGGCGGCACAACAGAUACUAAUGAUGGAAAUGAUGCUGUGUAUGAUGAAAAUCAUAAUGGCAUUGCUGGUAAUGAUGAUAUAGAUGCUGAAAAUCAUGUUGAUGAAGAAAAUGGUGUUGAUGAUGGCAUUGGCAAGGAUGCUGAUGAUUAUGAAAACCAAAUAGACAAGGAAGAUGAAGGUCAUAUAGAGAAAGAGCAGGAGGGAAGCAAUGAUGUUAUGCACACAAGCAGUGAUGAUACCACAACUCAGGCGAUGGCUUUAAGAAAAGACUCCAUGAAAUCCCACUCCCUGAAAAACUGGCACCUAAAAGCCCUGAAGAGCAAAUCACAGUGUGGAGUUUUUGUAGAGGGGCAAAGAGAUGAGGACCCUAUAGGUGAAUUGUGGCAUAGUACUAUUAUCCGAACCAGAGUUAACUCAAGACUGGUCCAGACAAAGAGCAAGUCUAAGUACCAUUUGCUGGGACCCAUGGAUGAAGAGGCCACUUUGAGUUUUGGCUUUUCUCAGAAGUUUGUGAAAUCAUUUCGGCAUGGCUUUCCCAAUAACUGGGAGAAACUAGUUCAAGACCAUUUCAAGCCACUAAGCAGUAAUGAUGACUCAGGCAAAGACAAGUUGCUUUCAAAAAGUGGUGGAAAGCAGAGAAGACCUGUGCUAUCUAUGUAUAAGACCCCAACUCGAACUCAAGGCAAGCAAAUAGCAGAGACAACACCUAUUGAAGUUGAGCUGAGGCGAAGUAGAAGUGGUCGACUGAUCAAGCCACCAAUGGCGUGGUGGCGGGGACAGAGAGUUGUGACAGACGGACUUCACAAUCUAACCACCAUCGACCCAGGCGGUGAAGAGCACACUAGUCUAUCCACAGGGCUGUACAACUACUACGUCAGGCUUCCAGAGGACGCGCCUAAACCUCUCGCCCAGCAGCUCAAAUGUAAGGCUUUCACCCCAAAAGUCGCCAAGUUCAGUGUAACAUCACCGCGUCAAAAACGAGAAACGCUUCUAUCACGAAGGAGAUCCACCGGCGAAUCCAGCACACAGGAGGACAGCACAGGAGACGAUACUAGUACGUCAGCAACAGAGCGGGUCAGACGGGCAGUGCUAGAAGCACCAACCAGCAGCGAGAAUAGCUGGAAGCCCAGCGAAAGCGAGGCAGAGAGGAUACAGGCGAUAUCCAGAAAACGUGGAUCAGCCAAGGAGGCCAGCACAUCGUCAAUCCGGACAAUAAAAGGAAAAGAUCAGGUUAAGAAGAACAUCUCAUUCUCUGAAGAUGAGGAAAACACAACUGACUCAAGCAACGACCAACACCCAUCUGAAAGGGGUCUGACAGGGCGCCUCAGGUCCAAACAAGAUACAGGGCGAGCUGGAAGAAGUACUACACGAAACAGUCAAGGGGAAGGGGAGGGAACUCGAAAGAAAACCAAUAAAAUUCCAGCUCAUCAUGAAAACGACGAUAGCGGAAGCGAAACUGUGGGGGAUGUUGACUUUUUGUGUUCUCCGUCAAAAACGUCUCAACGAGCGUUUCGGAAGGUGACGAAAGACGCACAAAGCCGAACAGGAUCCCGACCUUAUACCCGCGCGACGCCGAAUGCGUGUUCCAAGGAACUCAAUGACAGUAAGGAUGGUGUAUUUGAUGAUUGGAAGCCCCCGUUGUCUCCUAAGAAGACCAGAAAGAGUCCAUCUUCGACUACCACAAAAAAGCCACCGCAAGUUAACCAGCUGCAGAAAGCCAAAAAUCCAUUACAAGCGAGUAAAAAGUCGCCAACAAACAAGCCCCGUCCAACUGUCACGCAAGCGAAGACUGGCAAAGGAGUCGCUAAGAAGACAACAAGGGAGAUCUCGAAUAAACAAACAAGCAGUACGUCAUGGCAGGGAGAGGAGCUCCUUAGGCUUGAAGACGCACUCCAUAGCCUGGCCCCUAAUGCACCGCGAUACUGGACUAAAGUCUCUCAGCUGGUGGAGACCCGGUCAGCCGAGGAGUGUCAGCUCAAGUACCAAGGCCAGCUUGAGCAGAGGAACACCAGGGCGUAUAAUAGGCCCGAGCGGGCCGCCAAGCCUUCUGCUAAGCCAAAGGAUCGGAAAAUCACGGCCUUGUGUGGUGGUGUGGGUACACUUAAACGAAAGCGUCAGUUACGGCAGUUACUGGAGCAGCAAGACGAUGGUUACGAGGACGACAUCUUCGACUCCACGCCAUUCAAGAAGUCAAAAAUGAACUUUAAGUUCCCCUUUGCUGGAGCUGACAUUGACGAGGACGAUGUUGAUGAUGGUGAAGAUGAUGGGGAUGACUAUGAUGACGAGGAUGACCGGAGAGCAGAAUUCCAGACCCCUAGUAACCGAACCCCUAGCAGUCGCUUCCGCCCACUGGGCCCCGCAUCUGGUGGGACGCCAAGUGCAGACUUUAUCAGCCCAGGACUAUUACAACACGUGAACAGGCACGAUGUGGAUACCUACAUACAUCGCAUCAAGCAAGGAAAGCGACACGCCCCGGGGCCACAGAGUAGACAAAGUGCAAAGGUAGUGAAGACCUCCACCCCCAAGAAACAGCUCAAGCCCACAUCUCGCAAGUCGCCUCUUGUCAGCAUCAGCGACAUGUUUGAGGUGCAGCAUGUUUCUGAUCCAGACAGCGAGGAAGGAGAAGAGGACUACUAUUGGUCAGAAUAAAAUUGAUUGACAUUUAGGGACAGACAUUUACAGACAAGACGUGCGUUUCACUUUCAUCGUCUUUUGGUCGGGAAACAUUGACUGUCAAAAUAAGGGCCAAUAGGAAAAAAAAUCUUCAUGAUAAGUCAUUUAUGGACAGAAUGUGCUGAUGUGUAUUCGUCGACUCUUGCCAGCCCUGUGUCUUAUUAUAGUUUCUCGAACCCUGGGUGAAGUUCUCCAAUCUGACGUCACACCCGCUAUGUGUAAAAACUAGAGAGCGCUGGAUGUAGGGGGUUCACUUGUGAAAUAGGCAUUUUAUUAAAAUCUUCUUUUACUGAAGUCCACUUAACAGUAUUUUUAUAAUAUAUCUAGAGUAGUACACGCAUAGACAGUGAUGUUCUUACAAUUGUAUGUCUGGGGUUUUUUUUUCUUCAAAUAAAGACUUCAAUUUUCCAUUA